ACGCGGUACGGUAGAACUCCUGCACUGCUGAGCCGUCUGUGAAAAUGUGUGAGUCUUUAGUUGUGUGUGAGGUGGAUGAAGACCUGGUGAAAAAGUUGCGGGAUUUCCGCUUCAGGAAGGAGACUAAUAAUGCCGCCAUCAUCAUGAAGAUUGAUAAAGACAAACAGCUGGUGAUUCUGGAGGAGGAGCAUGAGGAUAUUUCCCCUGAAGACCUGAAGAAUGAGCUACCAGAGAGACAGCCCAGAUUUUUAGUCUACAGCUAUAAGUACCAGCACGAUGAUGGGAGGGUGUCCUACCCUUUGUGUUUUAUCUUCUCCAGUCCUGUUGGAUGCAAACCUGAGCAGCAGAUGAUGUACGCCGGCAGCAAAAACAAACUGGUACAGACGGUUGAACUGACCAAGGUGUUUGAGAUCAGGAACACUGAAGACUUGACAGAGGAGUGGCUCAGAGAGAAACUGGGCUUCUUCCGCUAAGAAAGGACAGAACAAGCUAACACUUGUGUUUAAAGAGUGACCGAGAUGGGACCAUCACCUCCAAAACGGAGAGAAUACCAUAGUCCAUCUGAUAAUGUCUGAUUGUGUGUUUGAAUGCUUCCGCCCAAACUAUAAACCCGCCUGUGCCAGUUUAAGAUGACAGAAAUUUGAGGUGCAAAGAAAAUAAAAUGUGAAAGCAAAUUCCACAUACACAA